UGACUACGGACUACACAGCAAGAAUUGUUUGUAACCAUAGAAACCACUCCAGAGUCGCACGUGCUCUUUGAGGCAAGGACACCAUAGACAUAUAUAGACAUAUAUAUGUCUAUGAAGGACACUAUGUAGUGCGUCUUUUCUCCUCUUUAGCAUGUAGUAGCUAGGUCUAUAUUUGUAUGAGACAAGACAACAGGUACAAAAGACUAUUAACUAGACGUUAACUCACCAGACCAUUUGUCUAUGUUUUCUAUUCCGUACUUUACGAUUGUUUUCCUUUGAACAAGGAAGUGUACCAGUUAUGUCUAUGGUUCUAACACUAAAAACUACAAACUUCCGGUCUACUUGGUCUACUAAAACGUUGGUGGCAGAGAAAUUCGUGUCGUUUUGUUAGAAUAAAAGAAAGAAAACAACGCGAUCAAAGGAAACUCAAUACGUCAAUAGACAUAAUUUCCAUUACACCAGACUCAAAUGUUCACCAGACUGAGACCUUCAGUAGAGGUAGAGAUAUGACCAGAGACGCUAAAAGGACUGGUAUUAUCCGAACCAGAACCAAUCCUUGUUGAAACCCUCCACGCGUACGGACAUAUUUGAGGACAGGACAGGAAUGGAGUCCCAUGUAUGUUGCCAAGCCAAAGAUGUCUCGUCUGAAAAUGAAGAUCCUGGAGCUGCACCUUACGGAAACUUUAUAAACUAUUACACGUUUAACCCACCAGAGAACCGUUUGAGCCUUAUACCCCCUAGUCUGCUCCAGGAUCUCGGAUACGGUGCCAAUGACAAAGUUGUGAUACUGGAUGUGGGAUGCAACUCAGGGGAUUUAAGUGUGGCGUUAUACAAGCAUCUUCAGCAGGAGAGCACACCUGCAGGGCCUGGAGCGGAAGGAAGGCUUCACCUGCUGGGCUUCGACAUCGAUGACACGUUGAUACAGCGGGCUCAGAGCUCUAACCCUUUCCCCGGAAACGUCUCCUUCAUUCCCCUGGACUUCACUCAGGACGAGGCUAGUCACGCUCAGCUGGACGCCUACCUGCGGACAUUCGGCCGCUGCAUGUUCCACCUGAGCGUGUGUCUGGCUGUCACCAUGUGGGUGCACCUGAACCAUGGGGACGCGGGCCUGCUUGAGUUUCUCUCGCGUCUGGCCGCGGUCAGCGAACACCUGCUGCUGGAGGCGCAGCCGUGGAAGUGCUACCGCUCCGCUGCUCGGAGACUGCGCAAGCUGGGCCGCACCGACUUUGAGCACUUCAAGACGCUGGAGAUCUGCGGGGACAUGGCGAAGAACGUACGGGAACAUCUGGAGAGAAACUGUGGCAUGGAGCUGAUGCAGAGCUUUGGAAGCACAAGCUGGGAUCGGAAGCUGCUUCUCUUCAGGAAACGCACAGAGAUAAACAAAGGCUGAUGACGGGACAAGAAAUGCUAUGGACAGCCAGUAGUCUUUGUUUUUUUCCUCUGUUUCUGCUUUAAGAAAAUCGAAAAUAAAUGAAUUUGUCAAAGUUAAA